AUGAGUGCCAUGAAAAAACGUAAAUAUAAUGAUGAUUAUAUCAAAUACGGUUCUGCUUCUAUACAAAAAAAUGAUGUUGACCAGCCGCAAUGUGUUAUUUGCUAUGAGCAUGGUGCAUUGAAAGAGGAGCCGAAGGAAUUUUUUGCUGCAAAAUGUGAUAAUUUGAAACGAAUGAAGUUGGACACUGCUGGAUCCUUCGCUCAGACAUCAGAAAAGGUACUGGAAGCCUCGUAUGAGUUAUCGCUACUUAUUUCAAGGACAAAGAAAAGUCAUAUUAUCGGAGAGACACUAGUCAAACCUUGUUUGUUGAAAGCUGCUGAUAGUGUUCUUGGGUCAGAAAGCAAACAAAAACUUUCACUAAUACCACUUUCUGACAAUACUGUGAAACGUCGGAUUGAUGAUAUGGCCGAAGACAUACAAAAUCAAUUAGUUACGGCCGUCAAACAAUAG